AUGGGUCUCUCCAACCUGUCCCAGCAGAAGCGUCUCGCCGCCUCGGUCGCCGGCGUCGGCAAGCGCAAGAUCUGGCUUGACCCCCAGGAGGCUGCCGAGAUCGCGCAGGCCAACUCGCGUUCGGGUGUGCGCAAGCUCCUCAAGGACGGCCACAUCAUCGUCAAGCCAACCGUCAUCCACUCGCGCGCGCGCACUCGCGAGCACGCCGCCUCGAAGCGUCUCGGUCGCCACACCGGCGCCGGUAAGCGCAAGGGUACCGCCGAGGCCCGUAUGCCCACCAAGGUCCAGUGGCUCCGUCGCAUGCGUGUCCUCCGUCGUCUCCUCCGCAAGUACCGCGAGGCCGGCAAGAUCGACAAGCACCUUUACCACACCCUCUACCUCAAGUCCAAGGGUAACGCGUUCAAGAACAAGCGCGUGCUCAUGGAGUACAUCCACAAGGCCAAGGCCGAGAAGCUGCGCACCAAGCACCUCGCGGACCAGAUGGAGGCUCGUCGUGUCAAGAACAAGGCGAUGCGCGAGCGCCGCGCCCAGCGUCUGGCCGAGAAGCGCCAGGGCAUCACCAACGUCGAGCGCGAGGAGGAGCAGCAGUAG